AAGAAUGUCUUCCAAGCAAGCCACCUCUCCAUUUGCCUGUGCAGCUGAUGGAGAGGAAGCCAUGACCCAAGAUUUGACCUCCAGGGAAAAGGAAGAGGGUGGUGAUCAACAUGUGGCCUCCCAUCUGCCUCUGCACCCCAUAAUGCACAACAAACCUCACUCUGAGGAGCUACCAACACUUGUCAAUACCAUUCAACAAGAUGCUGACUGGGAUACUGUUCUGUCAUCUCAGCAAAGAAUGGAGUCAGAGAAUAAUAAGUUAUGUUCCCUAUAUUCCUUCCGAAAUACCUCUACCUCACCACAUAAGCCUGACGAAGGGAGUCGGGACCGCGAGAUAAUGACCAGUGUUACUUUUGGAACCCCAGAACGCCGCAAAGGGAGCCUUGCCGAUGUGGUGGACACACUGAAACAGAAGAAGCUUGAGGAAAUGACUCGAACUGAACAAGAGGAUUCCUCCUGCAUGGAAAAACUACUUUCAAAAGAUUGGAAGGAAAAAAUGGAAAGACUAAAUACCAGUGAACUUCUUGGAGAAAUUAAAGGUACACCUGAGAGCCUGGCAGAGAAGGAACGGCAGCUCUCUACUAUGAUUACCCAGCUGAUCAGUUUACGGGAGCAGCUCCUGGCAGCGCAUGAUGAACAGAAAAAACUGGCAGCCUCACAAAUUGAGAAACAACGGCAGCAAAUGGACCUUGCUCGCCAACAGCAAGAACAGAUUGCAAGACAACAGCAGCAACUUCUGCAGCAGCAGCACAAAAUUAAUCUCCUCCAGCAACAGAUCCAGGUUCAGGGUCACAUGCCUCCGCUCAUGAUCCCAAUUUUUCCACAUGACCAGCGGACCCUGGCAGCCGCUGCCGCCGCCCAGCAGGGCUUCCUCUUCCCCCCUGGGAUAACAUACAAGCCAGGUGAUAACUACCCUGUACAGUUCAUUUCAUCAACAAUGGCAGCUGCUGCUACUUCUGGACUCAGCCCUUUACAGCUCCAGAAGGGUCAUGUCUCCCACCCACAAAUUAACCCAAGGCUAAAAGGCCUAAGUGACCGUUUUGGCAGGAGUUUGGACACCUUUGAACAUGGUGGUGGCCACUCUUACAACCAGAAACAGAUUGAGCAGCUCUAUGCCGCUCAGCUGGCCAGCAUGCAGGUGUCACCUGGAGCAAAGAUGCCCUCAGCUCCACAGCCACCAAACACAGCAGGGGCAGUCUCACCUACUGCGAUAAAAAAUGAAAAGAGAGGGACCAGCCCUGUAACUCAAGUUAAGGACGAAGCAGCCGCACAGCCGCUGAAUCUCUCUUCCCGACCCAAGACAGCCGAGCCUGUAAAGUCCCCGACAUCUCCCACCCAGAGUCUCUUCCCAGCCAGCAAAACCAGCCCCGUUAACCUGCCGAACAAAAGCAGCAUCCCCAGCCCCAUUGGAGGAAGUUUGGGAAGAGGAUCCUCUUUAGAUAUCCUGUCCAGUCUCAACUCCCCUGCCCUGUUUGGAGAUCAGGAUACAGUGAUGAAAGCCAUUCAGGAGGCUCGGAAAAUGCGAGAACAGAUCCAGCGGGAGCAACAGCAGCAGCAGCCGCAUGGUGUUGAUGGGAAACUGUCUUCCAUGAACAAUAUGGGGCUGAACAACUGCAGGAAUGAAAAGGAAAGAACACGCUUUGAGAAUUUGGGGCCCCAGUUAACAGGAAAGUCCAGUGAAGAUGGAAAGCUGGGCCCAGGUGUCAUCGAUCUUACUCGGCCAGAAGACGCAGAGGGAAGUAAAGCAAUGAAUGGCUCUGCAGCUAAACUACAGCAGUAUUAUUGUUGGCCAACAGGAGGCGCCACUGUGGCUGAAGCACGAGUCUACAGGGAUGCCCGCAGCCGGGCCAGCAGCGAGCCACACAUCAAGCGACCAAUGAAUGCUUUCAUGGUUUGGGCGAAGGAUGAGAGGAGGAAAAUCCUUCAGGCCUUCCCCGACAUGCAUAACUCCAACAUUAGCAAAAUCUUAGGGUCUCGCUGGAAAUCCAUGUCCAACCAAGAGAAGCAACCUUACUACGAAGAGCAGGCCCGACUAAGCAAGAUCCACUUAGAGAAGUACCCGAACUACAAAUACAAGCCUCGACCGAAACGCACCUGCAUUGUUGAUGGCAAAAAGCUCCGGAUCGGGGAGUAUAAGCAACUGAUGAGGUCUCGGAGACAGGAGAUGAGGCAGUUCUUUACCGUGGGGCAGCAGCCUCAGAUUCCAAUCACCACAGGAACAGGUGUUGUGUAUCCUGGUGCUAUUACUAUGGCAACUACCACACCGUCACCUCAGAUGACAUCUGACUGCUCUAGCACCUCGGCCAGCCCAGAGCCCAGCCUCCCGGUCAUCCAGAGCACUUAUGGUAUGAAGACAGACGGAGGAAGCCUAGCUGGAAAUGAAAUGAUUAAUGGAGAGGAUGAAAUGGAAAUGUAUGACGACUAUGAAGAGGACCCCAAAUCAGACUAUAGCAGUGAAAAUGAAGCCCCGGAAGCUGUCAGUGCCAACUGAGGAGUGUUUGUUUGCUGAAUUAAAAUACUUUGACAUUUCACCUCCCCUCCCCCAACAAAAGUUCUUAAAGAGCCCGCAUGCAUUUGUGGCUCCACAAUUACAUCAGCAGAAUGGUCUUAAUUGUUUCGUAAAGUGUGAGACAGAUUGAGUUUUUCCUGAUUUUUCAUGAACUUGAGUUUUUGUCGUAUUGUUAUUGUUGUUGUUGUUGUUGUUUUUUAAUUUAGGUGAAGACAUAUUAAAUAUGAGACACCAGGACUUGAAAACUUAUCUCAACCCAUAGCUGUCUUACAAGUCUUAUAUUUUUGUCUUACUCUUUUUUUUCUUUUGGAUGUUGAUAAAGGUUUAAGUUACUGUUUUAGAUGGGGUUAAACAUUCUCACUCAGGUAUGCUGUGCCGGCCUACAGGUUGUGAAUGUGUUUUUAUUCUGAAUUAUUUUAGAGAACAACUAAGGAUUUCCUGUCGUGAGACAGAACCAGCCCACAGCACGCACAGCUGCGCGCAGAGCAUAUUCAAAAGGCCUCGGAAUUCCAUUGUUUCCACGUGUAGAGUUAAACUUUGAAUGUGCCAAACUUUUUCAUAACUUUUGAAUCUUAAUGUUUGGAAAGUCUUAAAGGAGACACUGCAAAGUCUUAGACAAUCUUUGGCAUCUUAAGAUAAAACAGCAAACCAGACAUUUUUUUUUUCCAGAAAAUGGUAAAGUACUCAGGAAUCUGGAGACAAGAUAUUGUAAGGAAUGAACAAGGUUGCCACAGUGCAGGUACCCAAUUGUGUUUGCCUCUUGACGUGCCAUCACGUGUGACGCGCUAUGCCGCAUGCGCACCAGAGCGAUCACCACACCGAUACCAACCUGGUGGUCUUCUCUGCCGGAGACCACCUCUCACUACAUCCAUUAUCCCUUUGCCUUUUAACCCUGACAUUCAGUCUUAACACAUUUUCUCUUAAAUUAUUCAUUCCAGAAUGUCAAGGGUCCACAUACUAUUUAUUUGAAAAAAAAUGUUUGUGGCAUUAAUUUAAUAAUUCUUGUUUUUCACCCUCCUUUCCUGCCCGUUUCACCUCCUUCUCCUGCUAGAUACAAAAGAUACACACAGUGAUUUUAUGUCCCCUGAGCAUCUGGACACAUUUGUGAAACAAGAUACUAUUCAAUACUUUUAUUGUUUUUCAACAUAAAUGCAUAUCUGGCUGCAGGGCUGUGUAUUUGGAUACAGGUGUAAGGUCUUACACUUUAACAGAUACGCCCCUGAGGUUCGCUGGGACCUCACAUCCUUUGCCAGAAUUCCCCUCUAACUCAGUUGAGCAGCAGUGGUAGCAUCUGCAUCUCGGGGUUUCCCCGAAAUGCCAUUCAGCAGCACGGGUCAGCAGUGGAGACCACCAGGCAGGACAGUCCUGCAGUCAAACCCAAACCCAAGGUUGUGGACCAGGGAGGAGGCCACAGUGAUGCUGUCAUGAGCUGGCACCUUCGAACGGAGUAGCCUUGUCACAUCUGGCACAUCUAGAGAGUUUUUUGUAAAAUCUCCAGGAUGCAAGAAGCCACAUGACAGCCUCAAGGCAAAGAUAGAGGCAAAUAGUCAUGCUACAUCCAGAGAAUGAAAGAAAAUCAUAGGGAAGGAGAAGGAGGGGAAACACAUUCCCUCUGUGGGAUGUUCCUACUGGUAACUCUGGGGAACGGAUGACCUCUGGGGCAGCGGCUGAGCCCCUCGGGCUCACUCCCUCUAUCCGUGGCCACAUGGGGGUGGGGGCCUGCCUCCCUGUGAACCAGAUUAACUGCACUGGUCACAUAAGGGUUUCUCUGGAGAUGUGCUGAUGGGCUGGGAGGCAGUGAGGUUUCAUUCCCCAUCUCCUAACGACAGGGAGCUCAGCCAUGCCAGUUUGACCUUCCUGAAACCAGGACUGACUCUCUGUGGAGUGGGGGGAGGGGCCUCACCCGGAGUGGUUCAGUGGGAAAACGUCAGUUAGUGGGACAGUUCACCUCAUGGGACAACCCAGAAUCUGAUCACCAGGACAUAGGAACGGCCCCGUCAGAGUUCUUGAGCCAUUUUGUCACUUGGAAGAAAAUAGUGUACCUUCAUAUUUAUUUAAAGAGUGCUCAAGGCCAUACCUAAUAGCAAUAAACAGGUCUAGCCAAGAUGUUCCUGGCUAGGUCAUUAGCUCCAGUGCUCUCCAUAAGCUGAUUAAGGUACUGAUAGGAAUGUUUUGUUCUUAGUAUUGGUUGGGGAUUAGAACUUUGUUUUUGUACAUUUAUUUCAAAUGAGGAGGAGGUCAUUUUUUUCUAAAAAAAAUGAAUAUUUAUUAUUGUUUUACUGAUUUCUGUUGAUUACAUAUACCUCUCCUCCUCACUUCAUUCUCACAUUUUUGCUCUUUCUCUUGGACUCUUGCGUUUGCUCUCUCCUCUCUCCUCCUUUUUUAUUUUGUCGCAUAGGUAGAAUGCUGUAUGGCUAGCAUUGUAUUGUAUGUAAUUUUGCACAAAGGCAAACAUUUAGGAUAGUAGGUUAAUUUUGUUUUUAUGACCAUGCCAAAAUAAUAUUCUGGGCUGGUGGAGAACAAAGGACUGUUCUUUAGGAUUGAAACUUGAUUUUGCUUGUAGUUAAAAAAAAAAAAAGAAAAAGAAAAAAACAACAAAAAACACACACACUCACAGAUGUUGUUUCGUAAGUGUUAUAAGCACUGGAUAUAAAUGGUAUUUUUUAUCACUUCUGACUAAUGUGAAACUUGUACGAAAACUACACGAACAAAAGUCAUCUGUUUCGACUCGUGUGGGCUUGCCUCACAGUUGCCGGAUUUGAGUCAUUUUUAUGUCUUGUUAUUUCAUUUAUUUAUGCAAAAUACAUGUGUGUAUGAACACUUUGUUUUAGCUCCAGCUCUGCCUCGGUACUGGGGUGCAGUCACUUCUGGCCAUGUUCUUAAAAGCGAAAGGCUAUUCAGGAACGAUCUGAUUGUAAACGUCUCUUUCAUUGGGUCAAACGGCGACGCUGUAUUUGAAUCUAAAUUCUGUGCAUAAGCAGUUUAUUUAUUAGCCAAGUUUGGCUCUAAAUAUCCAUGGAAACUAAGAAUGACAAUCAUAGGGAUCACUUCGUUUUAUUUUCAGUGGGGCUUAAACAAAGUUCUUAUGACUCUGCCAUCUCAUUUUAGAUUUUUCUAAUUGUGUAAAUAUAACAUAGAAAUAGAAUUUAUUUUUGGUUCAUGAAUACGUAGUGAGAUAUAAGUUAUGUAUUUCCUUUUUAUUCUCUCUCCGUGUACGUUGGUCCAGACUAGAAGGUGACGGGUCACUGCACCUCGUGGGGACAGUGGGUCAGCAGCUACAGUGAGAGAACAGUGUCCCACCUGCAGCUGGGGAAGUAAAACCCUUCACUCGGGUUCCCAGGCAGUUUAGAGCCCAUUGUCCACAGACUCAGACUUUUUCUUAUUUUUCUUUCAUAGAAAGUCGAUGAAUUGAAUAUACGAAAUUUCCGUUACAGCUGGGGAAGAGUCAGUUUGCUUUUGUAAAUCCACAUAAAUCUUACAAGGUAGUUCUGUGACCAUUUAGUAGCAAGAAGCAUGAAUGCCUCCGAGACUGACCAUUAAUAAAAGUCCUACCAUGCCCAUUAGAUUAAAGAAUGCUAAUCAACUGUUUUCAGUGCUUCCUAUUUCACAGUAUCUUCAAAUCAAAGAACAAUCAUCUCCAUGUUUUGUUAAAGAACUUACAGGAUCAGGAUUUUCCUUGUCACUUAGAAGAAGGACACUGGCACACAAUCCUCUCCUAAAAAACAUGGGAUAGGAAGGAAGGAAGGAAAGCACGGAACGAAGGAAGAAAACAAAAGGAAGGAAGGAAGGCAGAGACAGAAAGGAAGGGAGAGAGAAAGAAAAGGCCAGUUUAUGGAUGGCUGCCGCCAGGCAGGCAGUUUCUCUGUUUCCUUGGCAGAGGCAACGCAGUACCUUCUCCGGGAAGGUAAGAAAGUUAUGUCGUUUUCACGUGUAUUCAGCUCAGUCUUUCAGGAGCACAUCAGUUUGCUUCAUUCGGUAUUCGAUACCGGCCAGGCCUGAUUCCAUUUGCCAGGGUCCUGACAGCCUCCCAGGCCAAGUUCUAAAUUCAGGUGUGGGCUCACGGUGUUGUUGAGCUUGUCAAAUUCUGGCCUCCCUGCACAUUAGCCCCCCUGGAGCCUGGGGUGUUUGAAAAGGGUGUGAUCACUCUAGAGCUGAAAUUAAAGGCUUCUUUCUUUUCCUUACGAAGCCAGGCUGCUGCCUCGGAGCGCAGCCUCCGGAGCCGGAGCACAGGCACUAGCUGAAAGCGGGGAUUCUUCCAGGGAAGCCCAUCCACCCCAGUAGGAAGGCGGCCUGGUCACUUGAACACCACAGGCAGAGGCUGCUUCUCUCCAUUUACUCAUUUUGCAAAGAGCUGACCUCCACCUACUCAUUAGGGAAAGGAAAAAGAGUCACUUAGUAGUUUUAAACCAGAUGAGAAGUCCUGUUCCAAGUGCCAACGACUACAACGAAUGCAGCUAGAGGAAUGUAUUGAAAUUAUUACUGGGUCUUCCUUUCUAAUGAGAAAAUGACAAAAAUGGUUGCUGUAGCCUUGCCUGAUUUUGUACACGUUUGUCUAAGGACUGAGUUGGCACUGAAGCUCACUUCUCAAAGUAUAAAUAAUAUUGUAUGACCUCAUCUGUCCCUUUACAGAAGCGCCUGCAUCAUUUCCUUAAGCCACCUGCCCCCUGACAUGUCUUCUUCCUUAAUAAAAACUUCUAUCUGUUACUCCUGCCGAUUAUGUUCUGUUUCUGAUGCCAUAUACUGUUGAGCGUAACCCUCUGCUAAUGUCAUUGCAAAUAUUGAUAUGCAAACACCUUUCCUGUUCAUCCCCAUCCCAUCUUCCCUUCUGGGGACAGAUUGCUUUCCAAAAGCUCAUGAACAGGUAUGGGGAGUGCCGGUACCUUUGGGGCAGGGCCGGCACCUUCUCUGAGGUGGUGGGGGACAGAAAGGUAAUGCUUAGUGCAGAUUCUCUUCCAACUGGUGUCCGUGGCUCUAUGAACAUUUGACAGCAAGUCAGUGACAUAUCUUGCUCAGUAGUUUCUUAUUCCUGAAGAACCACAAGGUGAGGCCUCAGUGCUGGUGCUCUUGGAGUAUGGGGAAUGUGCAAAUAUUUAACUGUUUUGUAUGCUGCACAUUGCAGAUCUGCUCAUGUGCAUUCUCCGUUUGUCUUCCUUUGUCAUAUGUGUCUUUGCUUUUUUUUUUGAAAGUGCAGUCUUUAUUGUACCCUUCUCCAGCUUGCAGCAAAUUAGAAUGCUUAGCAUUUUAUGUUCAUUCAUUAUUGUAUUUGCCAUGUAAAAUUUUUAUUACCCUAGACAAGCUUAUAAGCUGUUACUACAUAACUUAUCUUACUGUAACUCUUUUGUUUCCCGACCUUGUAAUUUGUUUGUGAUGUAUAUUGUGAGAUUGUAUUCUAUGUUAAUUUAAUCAGCACAAUUCACUGACAUGCUGGACUGACAUGCUGGCUGCUGUUUCCAGGUGUAAAGUUUGUGUAGGGCUGUUGGGACAACUGCGGCUUGUUGUCAAGGUACUGUGCAACACUGCGGGUGUGGCCCCUCAGACGCUAAGGGCCCUCGCUACACCCUUGAGCAAAUUUAACUGCAGAUUUUCUUUGUAGAAGUUCUAUGUAUAACGCAGGUACCUACUUGGCCCAUGGCUGGUAACUAUUUGGGCAAUUAGAAAAAAAAAGAAAACAAAAACCAUAAAAACUAGUGUCUAUUGCUGCUUUGAAUAUGUUUGAAAGUCUGAAAAUGUAAAUAAUUUAUCAAAAAAAAAUCUUGUACAGUCCAGUGUAAAGUUUUUAAAUGACCUUAAGGGUUGCCAUCACAUCUCUCUCGCACUCUCCUCUCGAUCAUGGAAAAAAAAGUUUGCUAAGGAUUAAAGAAAUGGGAAAAAAAGAAUCUCUUCAAAUAUAGAGGAAUGAAUCAUUGUUCUUAGCUUUGUUGCAUACACACAUUUCUUGGAUUUCGUUGUGCAGUAUUGACGUGAGAUAAAACUCAACAUUGAAUAAUCUUUCAGUGGUACUUUUCAAAGUCUUCCCCUCCUCUGCCUCAUAAUUAAGGGAAAAGACAAAAUUGAAAGACACACUGUCUUUAUCUAUCCUGGUGUAUGUUGGCACCUUAGCUACUUUUUUUUUUCUUUUUGCACAAGGUGCUUUCCUGAUAUGUUAAACAUGCCAUCUUUGGGUGAUAAUGUAUAUGCCACGAAGGGGCCCAGGCCCCUCAGGGGAGUGUCUAUAAGAACUGCCUAUUUAUGCUCAUUUACCUCAAGACUGUCCUCUCUACCCUUAAUCUAGUUGUCAUCACUCCAUCUUUUGUACUGCUGUUGACACUUACAAAUUAAAGAUAAAUUUUGUUUUAUGA